UUUCUUAUCGUCCCCUCUCAUUUUGCUAUGCAUUCUCUUCAGCAUAAUAGAACCAAGUUUUCAGUAAAGAUGUUCAAACAAUAUCACUUCGGCUUUGCAAUAUUAAUAGCUUCGUUUUCUCUUGAACUUCUCGUUCAUGCACAAAAUGAUCAAUCAGGCUUCAUUAGCUUAGAUUGUGGGCUGCCAAGAAAUUCCAACUACACAGAACCAACAACGCAGAUAUAUUAUAUCUCAGACGCUCCAUUCAUUACCACUGGUACAAGCCACAGCAUAGCUCCCAAGUACAAGGCUGAUCGCCAAGAACAGGCGAAGACUCUCCGAAGCUUCCCCGAAGGGAUUCGGAACUGCUACAAAAUAAACGUUACAAAGAAAACUCGGUACUUGAUCAGGGCAACAUUCUUUCAUGGUAACUAUGAUGGCCAAGAUUCCGCGCCACAAUUCGAUCUCAAUUUAGGAGCCAACUUUUGGGACACGGUCAAAGUUGUGAAUGUGUCCCUAAGUACCUUCAAAGAGAUCAUACAUAUACCAUCACAGGACUAUGUCCAUGUUUGCCUUGUCAAUACUGGUCUUGGGACACCGUUCAUUUCAGAUUUGGAAUUUAGGCCUAUGAGCAGCCAAGUUUAUUACAACAACAGUGCUCCAUCUGAGUCUUUGGAGCUCGUUUCGCGCCUAGAUAUCGGCUCAGCUAGUGGUCCAGCAUACGGGUAUCCAUAUGACUUUCUUGACCGGAUUUGGCUUCCUAAUGACUUCAACUGGUGGACUCAAAUAAGUACAUCUCAAACUAUUGACCCCAAAAGUAAGAAAAACUACCGGCCGCCGUCCAUCGUCAUGAGCACUGCCGCUACUCCGGUCAACGAAAGCAAUCCAAUGGAAUUUUACUUAGCCGCGGAUACGAGUACUACCUUCUACUUCUACCUGCACUUUGCUGAGCUUCAACAGCUCAAGUCUGAGCAGUACAGAGCAUUCAACAUCAAUCUAAAUGGGGAGCUCUGGUAUGGACCUCUUGCUCCUGUUUACCUAAACACAACCACCAUAACCAACCAGAUUGGAUUUUCGGGAUCAUCAAGCUACAACUUUUCGAUAAUUAAGCUCGAGAACUCAACUCUGCCACCUAUCUUAAAUGGCUUUGAGGCCUACUCGGCGGUGGAUUUUCAGCAGUCAGAGACAAAUGAAAAGGACGUGGAUGCAAUUACAAACAUAAAGUCAACUUAUGGAGUGAAGAAGAAUUGGGAUGGAGACCCUUGUGUUCCCAAGGGAUACUUGUGGACAGGCCUGAAUUGUAGCUACAAUGGUUUUGAUCCUCCUAGAAUUAUAGCCUUGAACUUGUCUUCAAGUGGAUUGACUGGUAAGAUAGCAGCAAACAUAUCAAAACUUUCUAUGAUCCAAUCUUUGGACUUGUCAGACAAUAAUUUGACUGGAUCAGUGCCUGAUUUUCUAGCACAGUUGCCAAACUUGAGGGUUCUAAACUUAGAAAGAAACAACCUUACAGGUUCACUUCCAGCUGAACUCGUUGAAAAGUCUAAUAAUGGUUUCUUGUCAUUAAGUGUGGGAGCGAAUCUAAACUUAUGCGCUUCAUCUAAGUGCAAGACGAAGAAGAACAGUAAUAUUUUGAUUCCAGUAGUGGCAUCAGUUGGUGGACUAGUUCUUCUCUUAUUUAUAGCAGCAGCAGUUCUGCUGAGCCUGAAAAAGAAGAAGAGACAAGCACCCGAGCCGCAAAAGGAUUCGUUGGAGCCCGUAAGACGACAGUUUACAUUUGCUGAGGUCCAAAGAAUGACAAACAACUUUGAGAGAAUUUUGGGCAAAGGUGGAUUUGGAGCAGUUUACUAUGGCUCCAUAGAUGACAAUACUCAAGUAGCUGUUAAGAUGCUUUAUUCUUCAUCUGUGCAAAGCUAUCAACAAUUUCAAGCAGAGGUUAAGCUUGUUAUGAAAGUUUAUCACAGAAACUUGACUAGCCUAGUUGGUUACUGUAAUGAAGGAACCAACAUGGCAUUUAUCUAUGAGUACAUGGCAAAUGGAGACUUAGGCGCACAUCUUUCAGGUGAAAGCAGCAAAAAUAUGUUGAGUUGGGAGGGAAGACUUCAUAUAGCAGCGGACGCCGCACAAGGAUUGGAGUAUCUACAUAGUGGUUGUAAGCCACCUAUAGUCCACAGAGAUGUAAAAACUCCAAAUAUCUUGUUAACUGAUAAUUUUCAAGCAAAGCUAGCUGAUUUUGGGCUAUCCAGAAGUUUCCCUACUCAGGCCGGUUCUCAUGUGUCCACAGUCGUUGCUGGCACCCCCGGAUACCUUGAUCCAGCGUACUACACAACAAACAGGCUGACCGAGAAAAGUGACGUUUAUAGCUACGGGGUUGUGCUCUUGGAGAUAAUCACAAACCAACCUGCCAUAAUUAGUUCAAAUGAGACUGAUGAGAGGACUCACAUAAGCCAUUGGGUUAGUUCUAGGCUUGCUAAUGGGCUCAUUAGAAGUAUAGUUGACCCGAGGUUACAAGGAGAUUUCGAGGUCAACUCUGUGUGGAAAGCUGUUGAAAUAGCAAUGGUUUGUCUAUCUCCAUCACCUUCUAAAAGGCCAAAUAUGAGUGAGGUAGUGAGCGAACUAAAAAAAUGUUUGGCAGCGGAAUUCGCUCGGAAAAACCAGAGCCGUGUGACUGAUUUGACGGAUUCUAAUGAAGUGUUAUCUCUUGAUGUGACUACGGAACUCAGUCCCUUGGCAAGGUAGAAAAUUAAUGCUUUGUCCAAAGGCAUCAGUUUUAAUAUGCUUACUGAAAAAUCUGUUAGUUUUCUUCUA